GCCCCCCGCUUCCUCCUCCGGGGCCCGGCGGGAAGUCUUAUGACCUGGGCGCUCCUAGGUUCAACCCUGGGACCCUAGAGCGGAGCCGGCGAGCGACAUGGAGCGGCACGGGCUGGGGCGGGCCUGCUUCCUGUUAACGCUGCUAGCGGCGUUGGCGACACAGGCCCGCGCCGCACCGAACCUAGGACUGUGGCCCCUGCCGCUCUCCGUGGAGAUAUCCCCGCGCCUGUUACAUCUGUCCCCGCAGCAGUUCAGCAUCGACCACGACCCCUCUUCCAAGACCGGCCAGUCCUGCGACCUUCUGCAGGAAGCAUUUAGGCGAUACUAUUUGUAUAUUUUUUAUGACAACAAGAAGCUUCAAGAACCUGCUAAAUUUGAAAACAGAACACAGUUACAGCAACUCCUGGUCUCAGUGGUUGAUGACUCAGAGUGUGACUCUUACCCCAAUAUCUCUUCAGAUGAAUCCUAUAACUUGAAGGUACAAGGACCAGUGGCUUCCCUCAGUGCGCACAGUGUAUGGGGAGUGUUGAGAGGUUUAGAGACAUUUAGCCAAUUAAUUUAUCAAGAUCCUUAUGGAACAAUCACCAUCAAUGAAUCCACUAUUACUGAUUCUCCAAGAUUUCCUCAUAGAGGCAUUUUAAUUGAUACAGCCAGACACUACCUGCCUGUUAAGCGUAUUUUAGAAACUCUGGAUGCCAUGGCUUUUAACAAGUUCAAUGUUCUCCACUGGCACAUAGUUGAUGACCAGUCUUUCCCGUACCAGAGUAUCACUUUUCCAGAGUUAAGCAAUCAAGGGCGCUAUUCCCCGGUUCAUGUGUAUACUCCAAAGGAUGUCCAUAUGGUGAUUGAAUAUGCCCGGUUACGAGGGAUUCGAGUCAUACCAGAAUUUGACACCCCAGGACACACAGAGUCUUGGGGAAAAGGUCAGAAAGACCUCUUGACUCCAUGCUAUGAUAAAGAACUGCCAUCUGGGACAUUUGGACCGAUAAAUCCUAUCUGGAAUUCAACUUACAGCUUCUUGUCAGAUUUUUUUGCUGAAAUUAGUAAAGUGUUUCCAGAUGAAUUUAUUCAUGUGGGAGGAGAUGAAGUAGAGUUCAGUUGUUGGCAGUCCAAUCCAGAAAUUCAAGCUUUCAUGAAACGCAGCGGCUUUGGCGAAGAUUUUAAAAAAUUAGAAUCUUUCUAUCUUGAAAAACUUUUGAAGAUUGUUUCAAAUACAAAGAAAAGAACUAUAGUCUGGCAAGAUGUUUUUGAUAACAAAGAUAAGCUUCAACCUGGCACAGUGGUUCAAAUAUGGAAAACGGAGAAAUAUGCCUUUCGUGAAGCAGAUGUUACAGCAGCUGGCUUCCCGGUAAUCCUUUCUAGCCCCUGGUACUUAGAUUAUAUCAGUUAUGGACAAGAUUGGAGAAAAUAUUAUCAAGCGGAACCUCUUAAUUUUGAAGGUUCUCAGAAACAGAAACAGCUUGUCAUUGGCGGAGAAGCCUGUCUAUGGGCAGAAUUUGUGGAUGGAACUAACCUUACGCCAAGAUUAUGGCCUCGGGCAAGUGCAGUUGGUGAGAGACUCUGGAGUCACGAAAAGGUCCGUGAUCUGGAGGAUGCCUAUGAGAGACUGACAGUUCACCGCUGCAGGAUGGUCAGACGGGGAAUCGCUGCACAGCCUCUUUUUGUUGGAUAUUGUGACCAUCAGCUCAGUGUGUAAAAAUGAGAGGAAUCCAAAAGAAAAUAAUGUGAAAAACUACCCACAGCAGUCUCUAUUGCAAUGGAUGUCAUUUUGAAAUCAUGUUAACUGCUUUUGAAUAAAAGCUUAUUGAUUAAAUCCUU